CGUCUCACUGGCUCUCUGGGUUCCAGGAGCGGAUCCGGAGCAAGAGGGAGGAGAGCUCCGGGUCAAGGGCCGCUGCCGCCCGGACUCGGCCGCCAGCCCGCGCUCAGCGGGGCCGCCAGCCAGGGUAAGCGGGCUGCAUCGCGCAGGGUAGGAGCAUGAGGCGGAAGUGCCUCCGUGGCGACCCAUCCUACGCACGGGAACACUGAGGCACAGAGGCCGUGGCUCUCGCGGUCCCCGGAGCCCGGCCUGGAGGCCUUAAGGACUGGUGGGGGAGGCAGGAAGCCGCCCGGCUUGGAUCUUGGGGUGCUGCAGCUUUGCGUGGCAGGGCCCCCCCCCGGGGUAGCCAGCAAGCUGGAUGGGGCGCCGUCUGAGUUCAGGCCUGUGGCCUGAAAUGCUCUGGAGGGGACCUGUUGCCAUUUCUUCUAACGGGCCGCUGCUUCCUCUUGCGCCCGUCUUGCACGGCAAAGCCUUUGUUUAGUGUUCAGGAACAGGGAAGUGAAGCUUAUUGUUUCUCAGACGCUCUGGCGAAAACAAAACCAGACCAGCAGGAGACACUCAGCUGAACUGUCUACACGGCUGGUUGGACCCAGUGUGGACCAUCAAAUCAAACAGGAGGAGGCUUGUUCUUUCGUAGUCAACUCACAGUGGCUCCUCAGGUGCCUUCAGGAUGCCUGCGGCACUUGUGGAAAACAGUCAGGUCAUCUGUGAGGUGUGGGCCAGCAAUCUUGAGGAAGAGAUGCGGAAGAUCCGAGAGAUUGUCCUCAGCUACAGCUACAUUGCCAUGGACACAGAGUUUCCAGGUGUUGUGGUACGACCAAUUGGUGAAUUUCGAAGCUCCAUAGAUUACCAGUAUCAGCUUUUGCGGUGCAAUGUUGACCUUCUAAAAAUCAUCCAGCUGGGCCUUACAUUCACAAAUGAGAAGGGGGAGUACCCUUCUGGAAUCAACACGUGGCAGUUCAACUUCAAGUUCAACCUGACAGAGGAUAUGUACUCCCAGGAUUCCAUAGACCUCCUUGCAAACUCGGGGCUGCAGUUCCAGAAGCACGAGGAGGAAGGGAUUGACACACUGCACUUCGCGGAGCUACUCAUGACGUCUGGAGUGGUUCUGUGUGACAAUGUCAAGUGGCUCUCAUUUCACAGUGGUUAUGAUUUUGGCUACAUGGUAAAGUUGCUUACAGAUUCUCGGCUGCCAGAAGAAGAGCAUGAGUUUUUUCACAUCCUGAAUCUUUUCUUCCCAUCCAUUUAUGAUGUGAAAUACCUGAUGAAGAGCUGUAAAAAUCUUAAGGGAGGCCUUCAGGAGGUGGCUGAUCAGUUGGAUUUGCAGAGGAUUGGAAGGCAGCAUCAAGCAGGCUCAGACUCUCUGCUGACAGGGAUGGCUUUCUUCAGGAUGAAAGAGCUAUUCUUUGAGGACAGUAUUGAUGAUGCCAAGUAUUGUGGGCGCCUCUAUGGCCUGGGCACGGGAGUGGCCCAGAAGCAGAAUGAGGAUGUAGACUCUGCCCAGGAGAAGAUGAGCAUCUUGGCCAUGAUCAACAACAUGCAGCAGUGACAGUGUGUGCACCAUGCCGCCUGUGCCACUCGCCCCAGCCGUCGACCUGCGUCUGCUCCAAGCAGAGACUUUGGGUUUUGUUUAAAGAGGCCUUUAUUUUAGGUCCAGAAGGAGGGGGUUUACUCUGAAUUUGUAAACAAGUCUUCCUUGUCCUCAUGCCCACAUCCCUCUGCUGCCUCCUGCCACCAGCAUCCAUGGCUCCAUGGACACCUUUUUAAAUCUCCAGGAUGUCUGAAACAAACCAGUAAAAUGUGUAUGACUCUUAUGUGUUGUCAUUUUUCUUCUUUGGCUUUGCUGCCCUGAUGAAGAUGCUCACGAGUUGAGGUUGCCAGGGAACAAGGUUUGUGUUCUUGGGAAGCAGGUCUGCAUCAGCAGGCUUCCUGGCCUUGUCUCUGCUUCUGCAGAACAGUAGUCCUGACGUCACAGUAGACAAUGGCUCUUGCUGAAAUCUGGAGACAUUUCUGAAUCUGUCUCCUUUGGUGAGAUUAAGCUGGCAACUAGCCUCACCUUGUCACCUUAGUUUUCAGAUGUUGAGCUGCCCUCGAGUGGAUCAUGCUCCCAGUCCAUCUUGUUCUUGGCAGGGUGGUCUCGAUCAGCUGUGUUCUCUUAGCCCCUGUCCCCUGCUUUUUAUCCAGUAAGCCUGCUAUGUCAAGAUGGCAGAGCUGAGCUCUGGAACUGGAGUCUUAGAAAGCCACAGGAGUCGUGUGAGCAGGGCAGCGUGGGCAUUCACCUCAGACCUUGUCAGCCAUCCCACAGCUGUGCUCAGAACCCAGUGACUUUAAGGUUAGGCAUUUGUGAAGCACAGUUUUUUAAAUGACUCCAGGAAGACAAACGGCAGCAGCUCACUCGAGUGGUCUUACAUUUUAAAAGCUUGUGGGAAAUUGAAUUUGAAAUGAUUACAAAAUGUCAAGUAUGAAAGCUGGUAUUUAAGAUGCUUGUAAAUAUUAUUUAUGUUUUUAAUUUUGUAAAAUAAAGAUUGCUUUUUAACCAUUGGCA